CGACAAUCUCUGCUACGUGACUGUUCACCCAGGCCGCAGGUAGAUGAACAAUCGCCCCACAACGACCACUCCGUCCACCGGUCAACUGACCCUGUGCUAGUUCUAUCAAUAUCCGAUUCUGCGGAGUGUGAGUUCCGUGGGGAGCAGGUUUGUGUCGUGUCCGCUGCGGUUGGGGGCCGGGUGGCCCUGCCCGUCGAUGCGGUCGCCAAGGAGCCCGACACGGACGGUGGGGUGGACGAAGACGGGUGGGUACAAUCCCUUGAUGAAAGCGAACGGGGCGUGCAGAGAGUCGUCUGGUACAAGUAUUACGAUGGUCUUUCGCCACAUUUUCACAGUUUCCGACAGCGACUCGACCGCCUCUCCGGGGAUCUCCUGCCGAACAUGCACCUCGAUGGCACGGGGCAGACGCUCACUCUCUCCCCGGUGCUGGCCGGUGAUAUGUUGGAAUCACUGUUUAUAGCGGAGGUUGGUCCAGUUAAAGAUGAUGAUAGUAACCACGAUUCGUACACUAUCGAUGACAUGGAGGUGUUCGAUCUAAACACGGAGAAAUUACAUCCGUCGAGCAGGAUGGUCUACUUUGCUCUUGAGACGAAAGCAAUAGAACUUGGGCCAUUUAUUCGGGGAGAUCCCCUUAAAAUUGACAUAAACGACUUCUUAGAAGUUCAUCACAAAGAAACGCACUAUCGUUGGGCGAUAGAGGGCGCCAUCCAAUCUGUUGUUCGUCUGAACACUCCGCUGGACCACGAGGUGGUCCCGAUUCUUACAAUAAAUGGCUUGGAUGACGAUCUGCUUGGAACAGUGAUUAUAGGAACGGUUUAUGGAAAGAGAGACGGGGUACCAGGCAGGGUUUCUAUCGGCUCACAGAGAUUUCUCAUUAAGAAAGAUACGAGUCGAUCCUGCCAGGGGCUGCCAACGAACAGAACCUGUACUUGUAACCCUGGGUACGAGCUAGCCGAUGUUGCAUGCAAAGAUGUAGAUGAAUGUCAGUUAGGCACCAGACGAUGUCUCCCUAACUCUACAUGCGUGAAUACCCCAGGAUCGUACCGCUGUGAUUGCCCAAUGGGUUACCACGGAGAUGGCAUCAGUGGCUGUCAAGAUACUGAUGAAUGCGUGACUUCCAUUGCUCUAUGUGACGAUAACGCAGUUUGUGUUAACACACUUGGAUCAUACCGGUGCAUUUGUCAUGAGGGAUUCAUUGGCGAUGGAUUUGAUUGCUUAGCUAUCAGCGAAUGGACGUCUUGGUCACUCUGGUCUUCUUGUUUAGGUUCAUGCGGGAGGUCAUCGCGCAUGCGCUAUCGUGACUGCUCCCACCCGGAGAGUGGAAUGAUUUGUGAAGGGCCGUCGGUAGACACCGAGCCAUGUGAGAGCAAGCCGUGUCCAGUGGACGGUGGAUGGGGUGAGUGGUCGCCGUGGUCUGUAUGCAGCAAGUCUUGUGGCGGUCACAGGGAGAAAGUCCGGGCAUGUGAUAACCCCUCACCUACCGAUGGGGGGUUGUUCUGCAUCGGGGAGAUGUACCAAAUCAACGGCUGCGAGUCACGCUCAGAAUGCCCAGUAUUCCCGCGAUUGCUGAAAGUCAACGGCGGAUGGUCCCAGUGGUCCGUUUGGUCGCUUUGCUCGACAUCGUGUGGCCCGGGUUUACAAAGUCGACGACGGCAUUGCGGUAGGGCGACCUCUCUCGAUGAUGUCCGUAACCCUUGUGAUGGUAACCCAACUGAGAUGCGGGAAUGUGACAGGGAUUUCCAGACGUGCUUUGAUGCUUUGAUGGGUGUGAAAUGGGGUGAAUGGGAACACUGGAGUACAUGUUCACAGUCUUGCGGGAUAGGGCGGCGUCUUCGAUCCCGUCAGUGUCUUACAAAGGGCCGCUCCCUCGGGCCUGGAUGCAGCGGGGCUAACCAGGAGCAACAACCGUGCCUUCGGAGUAAAUGUUGACAACGUCUCCAACAUUAUUAGUGUCUCCAACACAUAGAGAUGGCGGGAUGUUUUCAGCAAAGACAUGACUUUAUUUUCUCGACCAUCUCUACCUUUCGGGAGCCUCGAUAAUGUAACAAUGAUCUGUUUGGAGAAAGUGAAGAAGCACCCAACCUAAUCAUACUACGGCGUACCUAUAUGAUUUUUCGUCAAAUUGCGUAAUUUUUUGAAGAGAUAAAUCUUGAAAAAAGUAGAAUCCUAUACAAGUGAACAAAUUGUGCAGACUUUCCCCUCACAUCAAAGUUGAACUUAACAUGUUGUGAUGAUGAUUACGCACAUGUCAUUGUACAUGCCUGCCCUACUCCUGCCGAUAGGUGUCGCUCUAAUGAGACAUUUUAUUCGGUCUUCAACAUGUUUUUUCUUUCUUUCAGUGCAUCGUGGUCAUGCUCACCAGACACCGUGGGGAGUAGCGUGUUAUGAAAGUGUAUUUUUGCAAUUCACAUCGAGUUAGACAAUCAAGUGAUUUUCGUGUCCAAAUUAUAAGCAUUGUAAACAGUUGCAUACAACUUGUAGAAAUGUUCAAAACGUGUAAUACUUGUAUAAAUAAAUGACGUGUCAUAGACCUUAUCGCAAGUACUAUGUACGCGCGCUGUAGUGAAUGAGAUACAUGCUGGUCUAGCUAGUGAUCAAGUUUGAUCCCUAGCUAGACCAGCAUGCACCUCAUUCAUUAGUUAGCGCUUGCACAAUGGUAAUUUUUCGAAAAGGUCUGUGGUUGACCUCUAUUCUUCGUAGUAUGA